AUGAACAUGCAGGUGGCGCGAACCAGGAAAAUGUUGAGCUACGAUGAUGCCCGUGAUUAUGUGACGUCCCUGUUCAUCAUGCUGAAGAAGGAAACAGUAAUCUUGUUUCGCAUCGAGUUCCUGGUGGUCCUCGUCACAAUCCUCUUCUUCGCCAUGUUCCUCAUGGAUUUCUUUCGCCGCAUCAUCCACAACUCGUUCAUGAGGGCCGUCUUUAGCGCCUUCGACGCCGCCUCCGACUCCAUUGUCUUGUACCUCCUGGGGGCCAUGCAGUCGGCGCCUUUCAAGAACCAGCUGUUCCCAGUCUGGGCGCUUGUGCUCGUCAACUUCCGUUACAGCGCAGAUUACGUCUCCGGCUAUGGUGUUCCUGACCGCCGCGGGCGGAGGUUCACCGAGUGGAGGAACGUGUUCAAGCUCCUAGGAUCGGUAUUCUUGAACUGGUCCCGUGGAUCCAGUUUCACGGGCCCACUCUGGUCCGUCUGGUGUCUGCAGAUAGUGAGGAGCGCGUAUAGGCUCAUUUCACACAAUCUGGCCUUCCGCUCCGUCUGGCAUGGCAGGAGUUCGCAGCUUGUUGCAGAGCAUAUGCGUGCCACGUAUGACGAUGAUAAUGAUGAUGAUGAUGAUACUAGCAGCUUGCAAGUGGGAUCCGAGCCCAAAUCCAGCCAUUCUCAAGAAAAAGAACCCAAUUCCAGCCCGAUGAAAGACUACAACUACUUGGUGUAUGGAGAAACAAAGCAGGGGUUCAAACUGAAGAAGCCUCAGUAUGCAUUGUCCGCCGACACUACUGCCCGCCGGCGCCGGCCAAAAAGAGGAGGUAGCACCAGCAGCCCGAGGUCCGAGCAGGAGUCGUCGCCACUGGUCACGCUGGACAAGGUCUGGGAGUACUGUCCUAUUGACCAGCCACAGAACCGGGAGAAGGACCUCAAAAAGGAGGGCCAUAAGGAUCUCCCUCUGGCCUUCGCCUUGUCCAGGCUGCUGCGGUGCAGGUUAGAGGAUGUGACGCUGCAAGGAUACAGGAGUAUCUUCACAAUAAACCGAGAGCUGGUCAAGAGCAUAAUCGGCGGGGAGGUGGGCGCCAGCGAUGCCCUCAGGAUCAUGGAGCUGCAGCUUGCGUUCGUCCACGACUACUUCAACACCCGCUACCCCAUGGUGUUCUGGUCUGGCCUCCGGUCUCUCUACAUCACUCUGUGCCUGUCCAUACUGACCAUCGGUGCUGUCUGCUGGCUUGCUGUGGACAUCCGUAAGGUGUAUAAGCCCCCCAGUGGCGAGCUUGCCAAUCUGGUCAAGGGUUUUAAUAUCGACAUGAUCAUUACAUGGGCAUUCAUUGUACUGAUGAUUGCCAAGGAGCUCUGGGAGAUGGCGACAUACUUGCUCUCGGACUGGACAAGCUUAAUCAUGGUGUGUGAGUAUGUGCAGAGGAAGUGCAAGGGGGCCAAAGAAUCUGUAGGUGCAAGGGUGAAUCACAUCUAUUCAGGUGGGGAAUCUCUCCCCUCCGGUGGCAUUUCAAAAGAAAGAAGGAUGGAUCGCAUCCUCUUAUGGUUUUCCAGAGCUAAGAUUACUGACAAGAGGUGGCAUGGAUUCCUUGACCAGUAUGUCUUCCUGCAGUCGUAUGAUGACAGACCAAGGCUUUGGAAUUUUGUUCACAACCUAACUACAGGAAUAAUUCCAAAGAAAGACGAUGGGGCAAAGCUCAGCAGUGCCAUCAAAGUUCCGGUCGUUGUCAAGAAGGCAGUCCUGGAUAAGCUCAGCACAAUGGUGGAGGAAAAACCAGGGGUCAUCAGGACAUUGUCCAACAUAACCUUGAGCAGUUGCAGAAGUAUGAGGCUUACACCGCACCGCCGAUGA